CCCCUCUCCAUCCCCACGCCUAGUCCUCACUCUGCAGCCAUCAAUUCAGUCUCUCCUUGGAACCAACAUCAUCAGAGGUAAAGAGCAAGCAUGUCUACAGAGCGGUUUGACUGCCAUUACUGCAAGGAGUCCUUGUUGGGAAAUAAAUAUGUUUUGAAGGAGGAUACUCAGUACUGCAUUAAGUGUUAUGAGAACUUGUUCUCCAAUUGCUGUGAAGUGUGCUCUCUGCCUAUUGGGUGCAACUGUAAGGAUCUGUCCUAUAAGGAUCGCCACUGGCAUGAGCAGUGCUUCAAGUGUGCCAAAUGCAGCCGCUCUCUGGUGGAAAAGCCCUUUGCAGCUAAGGAUGAACAACUGCUCUGCACAGAGUGUUACUCCCAUGAGUACUCCUCCAAGUGCUCCACCUGCAAGAAAACCAUCAUGCCAGGUUCCCGCAAAAUGGAGUACAAGGGGAACAGCUGGCAUGAGACCUGCUUCCUGUGCAACCGCUGCCAGCAGCCAAUAGGAACCAAGUCCUUCAUCCCCAAAGACAACGGCUACUUCUGCGUGCCCUGUUUUGAGAAGCAAUUUGCAUAUCAGUGCUGUGCCUGUAAAAAAGCCAUUACGACCGGUGGGGUGACCUACAAUGACAAACCCUGGCACCGUGAGUGUUUCCUGUGCAUCGGCUGUAAGAAGCAGCUAUCAGGACAGCGUUUCACCUCCAGAGAGAACUACCCCUACUGUCUGGACUGCUUUAGCAACCUCUAUGCCAAGAAGUGUGUGGGUUGCACCAAACCCAUCACCAGUCUGGCAGGAGCCAAGUACAUCUCCUUUGAGGAGCGCCAGUGGCACAGCGAGUGUUUCACCUGUAUGCAGUGCUCCGUGUCUCUAGUGGGCCGUGGCUUCCUCACCCAGCGUGACGACAUCCUGUGCACCGACUGCGGCAGAGAGAAAUGACUUCACUGGGGAGGUCACGACCUUAUGACCUUGUAACAAUCCAGCAACAGGUCACACCACACUCAAACCAUACUACAACAUAUUCUGAAACACCACACCAAAACCCUACCCAGCGAGAAGUGACCUCAGUAGAUGGUCACAAUAUUGACCUUUCAUCAUUCUAUUGUUGUUUCAGUGUUGUGACGUUUGUGAGGAGAGGAGCCUUUGAUGUACACCUGUAGCUUCCCCUUUCAAGAGAAGUAAUAGAAUCUUAUGACAAGUUAAAUGUAUAAUUUACAGAAUAAUCUCACUCGUGAUAAUCUAAACGACAAAGAUAUGUACUUGACACCAAUUAUUUUGUCUGCACAUUAGUCCUUGCUGUUUGCAUGUUUUAAGUUUUCAUCAUUAUUCACAUCAAAGUAAUAGUAGUUUUGUAGUAGUUUAAAUAAGGUGACAAUCUAAAUCGAGUGAUUCAUUUUUUGUUCAAAUCAAAAUUCUGACCUUGAUUUAUGAAUGCAUCUGUUGUGUUAAAUGAAUGGCACUGCUUUGCCUUAAUGAAUAAAAAGUUGUGUGGG